AUGGAGGCAGAUCAGUUUCGAGCAAAUGGAUACUCUGAGAUAGAACGAGAAAAAGUAAAUUUGAUUCAUUCAACUUCUAAGACUUUGGAACAAUUAGAAAAUUACAAAAAUGAAACCAUUCAUUUUGAACAACAAAGAGCAAUUACUCAAGUCCGCCAACGGGUUCUCCAACAAGCCUUACAAGGAGCUUUAGGAACUUUGAAUAGUUGUUUGACUGACGAGUUACAUUUACAUACUGUCAGUGCUAAUAUUGGCAUGUUUGGGGCGAUGAAAGAAUUCUAG